AUGGCAAAUACUAAAGUAACUUUAACCAUUACGAUCCCUGAAAAUGUUUAUAAGAAACUCAAAGAAAUAGUGGCAGCAGGAAAGGUUAGUGAAUUUGUUAGCAGAGCAAUAGAGGAAAGCAUAAGCAAAAAAGAGAAACAAAUUAUCGAAGACUAUCAAAAGGUCGCUCGGGAUAAAAAAUUAAAAAUAUCCAUACUUACACGCCCUCCUGAGGAGGAGUGGGCUGAUUUGACCCUUUGGGAAAAACCAAAUGACUACAUAAUUGUAGCAUUGGUAGUGCUGAGAGAGAACGAUGAGGAAGUCCGGAAACCGCUGGAAGUUCAUUGUGAAUGCGAAGGAAAAAAGUUAAAAGUGUUGUUCCUAGAUAACAGUCUUUUACCCACCCUAGCCAUUAAUGCCCCCACUUUUGUAAGUGAAAUUACCAAAGAAGUAAACAAAAAAGGCAAAAUCAAUAGCGAAGAAACUACCAAAAAAGUUAUUACGACUUUCCUGGAAACUAUUCAGCAAAAAUUAGUUCAAGGCGAAAGUGUUAACUUUAAAGGCUAUUUCACAGUUAAAAGAAGUGCUACCCAGCCUAAAGGCAAUAAAAAUUGUGAUGAACACCAAAGAGAAUUAGAUAAAUUUAAGCAAGCCAACAAAGGCAAAGGCAUUGCGGCUUAUACUAAAUCAAACACUUUUCGGAAUUUAGUAGUUAAGACAAGAAAUUGUUCUAAAUGCGAAGCCAAAAAACAGCAAUUAGCCAAAAGUGCUAAACUCACUAAUCGGAUUAAUUUCAAACCUAGUAAGGAUUUUUGGAAGGAAUUGUGA